AAAACAUCUGAAUAAUGCAUGAAUAAUAAAUAUUUUAACCUUUAUGUUUAAAGAUUUAGAUCAAGUCGCUUUGAACAUUAAUUAAAAUCUGGACCAGUUUGUGGAUUUUAUGUAAACUUAUGUUAAUAUGUGAAUUUCUUUAAAAAGAAACGAUAGGAUCUUGAAAUAUGAACAAGAUAUUUUCGAAGACUUUUAAAUAGUUUUACGAAGUACAUUUGGAGUAUAACAGUGAAUAAUUAUAAGGGAAAAAAGAGAAGUUUAUUACACAUGGCGGUAAAAUUUAGAUGAUUUAUAGACAUGUCACAAAAUAUAUAACCGAUUAUGUCUACUCGCUCAAAGAGACAUAAUUAUGUCAUAUGAAAAGACGAGAUACGUCACAGGUAUUGGGGACUAUGAGGAUUAUGACGCUAUUAGAGACGCCAAAGAGAAGUUCUAUCGUAGUCCAGAAAAAUACACCACAGAAAGAAGUUACCGUAGCAGCCGUAACAGCGAAUAUAGCCGACGUCAAGCCAAUGAGAGAGUUCAAGUCGUAGUUGAGCACUGGGCAGGGUGCACAGGCGAGCGAUUGACAAACGAUAUAAGAUUUGCAUUAGAAGAUUAUUAUCCUGAUGUGAAGUUUAAAGACUUCUACGGCAGAGAACAUUCUUACGAGGUAUUUGUCAAUGGAAAACUUCUGUAUUCCAGAAUCAUGCAUGGGGGAUAUCCUUAUGUUGACGAGGUUCUGGACGCUGUGUGGAGAGCAAAGCGCGGGAAAGAAAUAUAUCAAAUAGAGAGAUACGGUGGAUCUGACAUUUGUAACAUUUUGUGAUGUCAAAAUACAUUCGAUUACAAACUUUACGUCAUUACGUCUUUAAUUAAAUAACGUCUGAGUAAUUACAAAUGUGGCAAUUUUGAAAGACACAAAAUUAGGGUACUAAUAAGUGAAGAAAGUGCCAUUUAUAUAUGCUACAGCAUCAUUCAAUGAAAGUUCUAUGUGACACCGUAUUGUAUGGUGAUACUAUGGACCUCAGUAGUUCUGCAUCUCGUUUACAUGCAGACGACAUGAACAGACGCACUUCUUUUCUCUUCAGCACACUGAUGUCACAUCUACCGGCUAACGUUUGCUCAACCUUUAAUGUUGUUGCUUCAAGGCAAUAAAACUUUUUUCCACUGCUUGCACAUUUUUGGUCAUAAGUUCAACUAGCCUGGAAAAUUUAAAACAAUGGUCUUUUGCUUGAAGUGGUUAAAUGAGCAAGUAUAGAUGAGUAAGAGAAUUUUCUACAUUUGACCAAGUAGAGAUUUUCGCGACACCGCUUGCAAUGUGUUGGUUUUUUUCUCUCGCUUUUUGAGUGUAAAUAUUUAUGUGUAACAAUGCCAUGUACAUAAAGGACUAUGGUACUUCUCCGAAAGGAGUAGUAAGUUAUAAUUAUAUUUUUUCUAUCAAAAUGUAGUACAACCUUUGACGAGCACGGCGUUACAUGUACAAAAUGUAUAUACUGUAGUUACUAUUUAUUAAAAAUGCGAUUGUUGUUAAGGAUAUUUUAUAGUUGAAAUUGAUAUUAAACCAAAGACAUAAAUGUUGUGUGAAAUAUGAUUUAAUUAUAAAUGUUUAUAUUCACUGUAUAUUUUGUAUAGAAUGAAAAAAAAAACACGUAUAUUUUCAU